UCACUCAAUAUGGUUCGAAAAUUAAAAUAUCAUGAACAAAAAUUGCUCAAGAAAGUUGAUUUCCUUCAGUGGAAGAAUGAGGAUAAUAUAAGAGAAAUAAAAGUAAUUCGUAGAUAUCAUUUACAAAAACGAGAAGACUAUCAUAAAUACAAUAAAUUAUGUGGUUCAAUAAAAAAACUUGCUAAUCGUAUAUCAUUACUUGAUCCAAGAGAUCCUUUUAGAAGUAAACAAGAAACUUCUUUAUUGGAUAAAUUAUAUUCAAUGGGCCUAAUUACUAGCAGAAAACAAUUUAGUCAAGUUGAUAAGAUAAAUGUUUCAGUUUUUUGUAGGCGAAGAUUACCUAUUGUAAUGUGUCGAUUAAAAAUGGCAGAAAAUGUUAAAGAGGCUGUUACAUUUAUAGAACAAGGCCAUAUCCGUGUGGGACCUGAAACAGUUACUGACCCUGCCUAUUUAGUUACAAGAAAUCUUGAAGAUUUUGUAACGUGGGUAGACACUUCCAAGAUUAAAAGAAAGAUUAUGAAAUAUAAUGAUAAGCUUGAUGAUUAUGAUUUAUUAUAAUUAUAAAUUUGCAUUGAAACAUUGAAACGAUUUAUCAAUAUUAUUAUUUAUCAUGGAGUAAAUGUUAGAAUAACAUGUGUUACAGUAGUUAAAAGUAUCUUAUUCUUAGAAU